AUGACUUCGGUACCGAUUCACACAGCUAAUGGCGAAAAUGAAGUCAGACCAGAGGGAAAGAAGCAGAUCUUGCUCAAUGCAUUUGACAUGUCUACUGUCGGACACUUGUCGCCUGGACAAUGGAAGAAUCCCGUCGACAAGUCAGCAACCAAGCGCGACCUAAACUACUGGAUUGACCUCGCGAAGCUCUUGGAACGAGGCGGCAUCAAUGCACUCUUUCUUGCUGAUACCUAUGGGGGUUACGAUACCUAUGAAGGAAGUCUUGACAACUGCAUCCGUCGAGCGGCCCAAUGGCCAAUGACAGAUCCUACCAUCCCGAUCAGUGCCAUGGCCGCGGUCACGAAGAACCUUACAUUCGCCAUAACCGCAUCCACAUCCUUUGAGCCACCCUUCCUUCUCGCCAAGCGGUUUUCCACACUCGACCAUUUCACAAGGGGCUAUGGCUUAGACAGCCCAAUUCCCCAUGACGAGCGGUAUGCUCAGGCAGACGAGUACCUUCGGGUUCUUUACAAGCUUUGGGAGGGCUCAUGGGCAGAUGAUGCAAUUACCCCUGAUCCCGAGAACGACAGCUACGCCGACCCCGAUAAGAUCCGGACGAUUCACCACCACGGAAAGUUCUUCGAUCUCGAUACACGUCACAUCGUCGAUCCCUCCCCCCAAAGAACCCCCUUCCUUUUCCAAGCAGGCACUUCAGCGGCCGGAUCAGAAUUCGCGGCAACACAUGCUGAGGGUAUCUUCGUCUCCUCGCACUCCCCAAAGCUACUGCGCCCCAAAGUCAAAGAGAUCAGGGAGAAGGCCGCAGCUUUAGGCAGAGACCCUCAGUCUGUCAAGUUCUUCGCGACGUUCACUCCUAUUGCGGGACGGACCGACGAAGAGGCUCAGGCCAAGCAUGAGGAGCUGAAGAAGUAUGCUUCCGUCAUUGGAGGAUUGGUCCUCGUCAGCGGCUGGACCGGCAUCGAUCUUUCAAAGAUCCCCGUCGACCAGGAGGUUACUGCCGCGGACUCUCUAGAGGCGCACAAGGUGCGCAGUAUUCUCGAUGCCUUCACGACGACCAGCGAGCAUGUACCCAAGUGGACACCUCGUGUCAUUGCCGAGAGGGCAGCGAUUGGUGGUCUCGGACCGGUAUCGGUUGGAAGCCCACAAAAGGUGGCAGAUGACUUGGAGUAUUGGAUCCGUGAAGGUGACUUGGAUGGUUUCAACUUGGGAUAUGUCACGACUCCAGGCACGUUUGAGGAUGUCGUCGACCUUCUUAUCCCAGAGCUUCGACGACGUGGGAUUUAUCCAGAGGCAUCUGCCGACAACGUUGCUUUUACGGCCAGAGAGAAGGUAUACGGGCAGGGGCAAAAGGGACUGAGGGCUGAUCACCCUGGCUCGUCUUACAAAUAUGAUGUAUACAAGGAGGAAGACGCAAGUUCGAAGCGUGCAGACUAA